CCUGACUGCAGUGCUGUGGAGGCCCAGAAAGAAGUUGCUGUAUAGGGGAAUGUGUUUAUCAUGAUAAGGUGUUUGACUGACUUGGAGAGCUAUGCCCCUUGGAGAGCUAUGUUAUGCCUGGGUGCCGUGGGGACUCCAUGGUGGUCCAGGAUAUGGGAAAUUGCGAAGAAAUCUGAACAUGAAAAUAGUGCUGCAUCAGCUCCUUUACAACCAGAUAUAUUUAAGAAGAUGUCUCGAGCUUCAACAAUGAAACGGCUAGUUGACUUGAAGAGACUGAGGACAAAAAGAUCAAUAGUUUUUCCAAUGGGAGUUAAAGUUUGUCCUCAAGAAUCAGUGAAGCAAAUCAUUGCAAGUCACCUGGCGUAUUACAGACUCCGAGUCUGCCAGGAAGCAGUAUGGGAAGCUUUUCGAAUCUUCAUGGAUCGAAUUCCUCAAACUAAAGAAUACCAGACCUGGGUUGAUGCAUGUCAACAAGAAUCCUUUUGCAUAUCUGACAUUGGAAAGAACUUUAGCAAUUCUCAAGAACAUCUGGAUAUUAUUCAACAGAGAGUUAAAGAGAAGAAAAUCCCUGAAAAGAAGGAUGAGAGGAACACAGAAGCCACUUUCUCUCCAGUAGUAAUUGAGGACCCUCCCGUAUCCACGACUGGUUUCCCUCCGUCUGAACCAACUUUCUUUGUUACUACAAAUGAUACACUAUUGAAUGAAAUCAUAAAUGACACCAAGCCUUUCUUAAAGGAAACAGAAGUCACUAACUUAGUACCGGAACAGCCAAAGCAGCAGAUUGUAGAGUUCACAGUUACCCUCAAGAACCAAGAAUUUACAACUGAACUAAGUGAUCCAAGCUCACCUCAGUAUCAAGAACUUGCCAAAGAUUUUCAGCUUCAGAUGGAAAAUGUAUUUAAGAAGCUUCCAGGGUUUAAGGAAAUACAGGUUCUACGGUUUAGACAGAAGAAUCAGAAGGAUGGAUCUGAUAGCAUUGUAGUGCGCUAUGCUGUGGUCUUUGAAAGAGGUAACUCAGAAUCUAAAAAUAAAAUUGAUGAGACACCUACUAUCGCAUCUAACAAAGUUGAAAAUGGUAACAAUGAAAAGGCAGAAGAAAUGUCAUACUCUGUGAUAGAACUACAGCAGAUGGUUGCCAUAGCACUGAAAGAUGAUCGAUCUCUGGCUGUGGACCUACAAACGCUCAUGUUUUCAGAUGACCCUGAUUUGUCAUUAGAUCCGGCAGAAAGUGACAUUCUUCCUCCAACCACAGUGGUAACAUCCAAUAUUAAGACUAAAUUGGACAAUGAUUUAAUUCCUAAAGUUGAAGCUGAUAAUCCCACCACAGAAGUUGUGCUACAGGAAACAGACUAUGGAUUCACUGUAACUACAUUCAUACCAGUCAAAGGGACCAGUACAGAUGAGGAUGCAGGAGAAGCUCCUACGGACCAUGUUAGUAUACCUAGGACUGUAUCUUCCUUAGAAGAAUAUGAUAUUUCACCUACUUCAUUCCAAUAUGAAGCAGAUGUCGAUCUUCAAACUCAAUCACUGGAGGAGUUUAAUAAAGAUAUUGACAAUAAAGUCAAUGAAGGUUUUAACGUGCCUUUUGAUACUCCACAUGCCAAUGGUAAAGAAAGUCAAGAUGAACUAAAAUCAAUGCUAGAAAAUAAUGUCAAAGACACAUCAAGUGAGAAAACAUCCGAUAUAUGGACUGGCCUUUUACCCUCAUCUGUGGAGACAAACAAUCGUGUUAUACCCUUUUCUACUUUUAUACCUGAUACAGAAGGUCGAUUGAUAGAUGAUCUCUUCAAAGGGAGUGAGGAAAGUCUAGCAACUACUAAUGCAUAUGUAUAUAAUACAACCACUAUACACAUAUUCAAUACAGACAAUCUCAUAGACACGUCAGGGGAUGGCCAAGAUCAAUUUUCUACUGAGAAGGUGGAACUGACUAUGGAACCUCCAGGUCAGCGCGUGUUGGAAAAGAUUGAAGAUUCCUAUAUUUCUACAGAAUCAUACUUUACAGAAGGUCUUCCAGAAGACGAUACGUUUGGUGUAGAAGAUUUGAUGAAUAAAAUUCUACCCACCGACAAAACAUAUUUCCCUUCCCUCACUUCAGACACUUUCACCUCAGUAAAUGUCAACCUCAUUUUGUCAGAAGACGAAACUUCAACAACAGAGCCGACUUUCAUGAGUACUAUUAAAACUUUGCCUGCUUAUGUAGAUUCAGAUAUAGUAUUUGUUUCCCCAACUUUUGAAUUGCAGUCAGAUAUUGUGACUAGAUCACAUUCUGAAGCUCCUCAUAUCCAUGAAGAGAGUAGCUCUGCCCCUAGUAUUAAACUACCUGAAGACUCCUCUCAAGAAGCAUUUGGGUUACCUGAAGAAACAACUGACAGGGUUAUAGAAGAAACAACUAUGGAGUCAAUACAAUUGUUUGACAUAACUACUCAAAGGUUUGAAGCAGUUAGAGAAUCUACUGUAGGAGAAGGAGGAACUGUGGGAAAACCCACUCCAAAUGUUGCUGAAUCUUCAGAAGAAGCAGGAUCAGCCUUUGAACUUACAACUUUGGGAUUACCAGGAAUACCUGAAAUCACAUCUCCUGAAAUGGCUGAAACAACUGAAGAAACUAUACAAGACCUGAUUCCAAGCACUACUCAAAGCAUUUAUCAGUAUAAUAAUGAUAGAGACUUAAUGACACCUUCUUCUUCUAGUUCUACUGUCCUAGAAUCAAGUUUCACACAUACGAGUGUGACAGGAAGUGGCGUCCAUAGUAUCGAAGAAGAGAUAGACAAUGAAGUCAUAGACAGUGCACAGGAAAAGGAAGAAAAAGCCUCUACAUCACACUGGGAUAAUCCUACAGUGCUCUCUCCAAUAGAACAUUUAACAUCUAACACAGAGCCUUCUGCUGACAAGGGAAAAGAGCUUGUUGUGUUCUUUAGCCUCCGGGUGACUAACAUGCCAUUUUCUGAUGACCUAUUCAAUAAAAGUUCCCCAGAAUACAGAGCACUUGAGCAGCAAUUCCUUCACCUGCUGCUUCCGUAUCUUCAAACCAAUCUCACAGGAUUUAGGAACCUUGAAAUCCUGAACUUCAAAAAAGGGAGUGUGAUUGUUAACAGCAAGCUGAAAUUUUCCAAGUCCGUGCCCUAUAAUGUCACCAAGGCUGUCCAAUGUGUUUUGGAGGAUUUUUGUAAUGCCGCAGCACAGCUCCUAAAUUUACAGAUUGACAGUUAUUCACUUGACAUUGAGCCAGCUGACCAGGCUGACCUGUGCAAGUUCAUGGCAUGCGAUGAGUUUUCAGAAUGCUUAGUAAACUCACAUACAAAAGACGCAUCCUGUGUAUGUAAGCCUGGAUUUAGGAGUACUGAUGGACUGCCAUGCCAAAGUAUUUGUGAGCUGGAACCCAAUUAUUGCUCGGAGGGUGAAGAAUGUCAAAUUGAAGAUGGAAAAGGGGCUGUUUGCAGAUUGCCAGUCACCAUUAUACCAGAAAAUAUCAGGAGCGCACAAUGAAGAGAAUUUUCUUGCCCUACACUUGCAGAACGUGGUCACAGAUAUCGAUUUCUGAAAUAAUAAGCCUGAAAAACAUUUCUGUGCUGUGAAGCUACCAAACUGAAGACCCUCUCACAUUUCCAAGAGUAGAAUAAUUCCCUUAGAAUUUAGUCUUCUAUGUCUCUUAAUUAGAAGAUAGAUGUGUGAAAUGUAGAAUGAAAUGUGCAAUCCUACGCAAAUGACAUCCUGAGCCUGUGGACAAAGAGAAAUGUAUUAAAGAAUAUGACUGGAGAACAUCAUCCUGGCCUGUAUUUUCCUUAUUAGUGGGAAAUGAGAUUCUUGAAGUGUAACUGUCACUAUGCAUUAUUAUUUUUAUUUACAAAAUUUACAGGAAUUUUAAGGAUUUUUCUCAAUAUAUUUUAUUUAUCUUCCUGGCUCUCUUUUGUUAGAAAAUCUAUUUUCCGGUAGCCCCCCCCCCAUUUCAUAAAAUACCAUUGUUAGCUUAAAUCUAUACACAAGGUGUAGAUGCUCGCGCUCUGUUCGCAAUGCUCUCUAUCCCCUUAAAAAAGGUUUACCAAAUGCUAGAGAUAGAAAGCAUAAACCUUUUUAGAGAUAUUGAAACUACAAGGAACAGCUGAGCACACAGUGCUGGCACAGCUAUGUCAUCUUAUGCUACUGUCUGCAUCCGGGUCCCAGACGGUAUAAUACAUGCAGGUCAAAGUCUUAAGAAACUGAAGCCAUCCGUUUUAUUUUCUGGAGUAUUGCUGAGCUGCAAUCGGUGGUCUCAAGGUGGGAGGCGUUGUCAGAACAGUUACCACUUGAAGACUCUGUUGCACUCAGCAAUGUAUCUUCCCAUAACUAUGUUAAAAGCUUCAGGAAAAUACUGCAUCGGGGAACGAUGGACUGCCCUUUAAGAUUAUUCUGUAAUAUGGUAAAUUUCUACUUCCCUUGUUGUGUAGGACUUUGUUGUAAUCCAUUGAGGAAAGCAGUCUUCCUAUGUCCAUGACAGAAGCAAGAAUAAUAUUACAUUUUAAAACAAGAUAAGAACCCCUUGGAAAUAGACUCGUACAGACCGAUAUCCUUACUGAAUACUAACAAAGUUUUCACCAGGGUCCUUUCCCUAACUAGUGCAUAGUGAUCAGAAUGGGUUUAUACCAGACCGGAUGGCUUAAAACAAUCUUCAUAGAUUAUACUGUAAUCUGUAGUUUGGGGACAUGCGGGUCUUCCACUCCAUUCUGUCUUUGGAUGCCACUAAGGUGUUUGACAGGAUGGAGGGGGGUUUUCUGUGGGAGAACUUGAAGGCCUUCAGGAUAGGGGAAAAUAUUAUAAAAAUGAUGCAGGGACAGAUUUUAGGUCACAUCAUACACCAAAAGAAAACGUUUUAGAAGAAGCAUCAAAAAGUCCAAUCUACACCAAAAUGGUACCAAUGGUACAGAUUAGCCCUUAUAAAAUUUAAAGGGGUACUCUGAUGGAAAACAAUUU